CCAGCCAUCGAAGUAACAUUGUCACGAUUACGAUAAGAAUCGCAUCGACGGAAUUACUCAUCCUACGUUCAACACAAACAGUUUCGAUCAGUACGUUGAACAGUUUCGAACCGAGAAUAGUCGAGCUACGGUCGAGUGACGAACGGGUUAAGGUCAUAACUGUUUUUAAGAGUUUCAGUAUUUUAUUUCGAAAACCCAUCCAUGCCAUGGCGUUAAUAACAUUUAUAAAACGAAUAUUAUUGUUCUUCGUUUUCGUGACGUCGAUUAAUUGCCAAAACGCCGACGAUUACCGAUUGAUUAGUGAUUCGCUUGACAGAUUCUCCUUGAACUUUUUAGCGGAAACGUGUAAAGGAAUCGGGGAAUCCAGGAAUUUAGCACUAUCACCACAAACGAUUUGGAGUUUGAUGGCUAUCGUCACGGAAGGUGCAAGAAAUAACACCGCAAAAGAACUCGAGUACGCUUUGGGAAUUCCUGCCUCGGAAUUCGAAAAAGACAGAUUCCGGAAACUGUAUAGGCGCAUGUCUGAUUAUUUCAAAAGAAUGGGAAGUUCCGGAGUUACGCUUGAAUAUACCAACAGUAUUUUUGUUACCGACCAACAAAACCUCCUUAAAGAUUUUAGUGACAUCGCUAGAAACUAUUACGACGUUGAUAUCACACCAGUCGACUUUAGGAAUGUUAGGAACGCCGUCAGUAUAGUCAAUAAGAAAAUUGAACAGGCGACUAGAGGGAAAAUAAAUAAUUUAGCGAAUGAAGGAGAUUUAAUGGAUGCUCAAUUAUUCAUCACAAGCGUCUUGUUUUUCAAAGGAUUGUGGAAAAAUAAAUUUAACGUAACGGAUACAAGAAGGGAAAGUUUUUAUGAUGAACGCGGUAAUGCGAUAGGAGAGGUCAAUAUGAUGUUUCAAGUUGAAUAUCUUCCAUUUUCUUUGAUUCUUGAUAACACGGCAACCGCCGUUGAGCUUCCAUAUCAGGGUGAUAGAGUUUCAAUGAUAGUCAUUUUGCCUAAAAAGAAUAUCAUGUUACAAAGUGUACUUCAAGAUUUGGCCGCCAAACCCUUCCAGAACAUCAUAGCUACUUUGAAGAAAGCAGCUCAAAGUUAUAUGGGCGACCCCGUCAUGGUAUCUUUACCAAGAUUUAAAGUCGACUCUGAUUUAACUCUAAAUAGCGUACUUAACACGAUGGGAAUUAGGGAUGUGUUUAAUGAAGAUACUGCAAAUUUAUUGGGGAUAUUCCCCCAUUAUGUGCACCUCUCCAGGGUGAUACAAAAGGCGCAUAUUGAAGUUGAUGAAGAAGGUACAGUUGCGACGGCCGCUUCCGGCGCAGGAUUCCAAUAUAAAACGCCACCUCCAAAGUUCAUUGCAAAUAAACCGUUUGCGUAUAUAAUUUAUGAUAAACUCACGGAAGGAAUUAUUUUUGCGGGUAAAAUAAGCAAUCCAGAUGGUAUAUAAGCAAAAUUGUUUUUUUUUAAUUUUACAAUCGACUCGAAUUUAUACUAUGUUAUUUACACAAUAUAAAAUUAAAAUAAUUUAAGAAAUUAAAAA